UCUCUGUCCAGCCACUCUGCUUAGCCCAGAGUAGAAGCCACACAAAAAAACAGAGGCUUAAAUCAACUCGGAGCAAAGGAGGGAGGGCAAGAGGAGGGGGGAGAAAACGCCCUGGAAAUCUGGUUGAUAGAGAAAUAGGAAAACAGCUAGACUUCUGACAGACUGCAAAGUUGUGACAGUGUGAAAGUGUUCUUCUUGGGCCGGGAAGAAGGGGAGAAGGCACGUUUCCAAGGAUGCUCAAGCUGAUGUGAGGCUUCUUGGGCGCAAAGAUUGCGCACAGAAGUCAAGAAUUGAGCACACAAGCAGCAGAUAGACGCCCUUGGCUUUGCUUGAGCAAUCCAAGGAAAACAACAGCUUCAUUGUUGUCACGCCAGGGUGGAAAAAGAGAAAAACAAAAACAAGAUGGCUGAAGACGAGGAUACCAGAGAGGUACUCUUUCCAGACUGGGAGGGUCCAGACAAAACUGGAUUGACUAUCGAACAGGCAAGCGGAGGAGAGCUUUUAGUAAAAAAAGUAAAAGGAGAGUCACCUGCAGCACGGUCUGGAAAAGUGUAUGAAGGUGACCAUAUUGUGGGUGCCACUAUUUACUUUGACAACAUGAGCUCAGAAGAGACAGCAGAACUACUGAAGACAUUGAAUCGACACAAAGUUGGACUGAAAUUACAAAACAAAGGAGACAAAUCUCCUUGCUAUUCUCCUUUGAGCACACCAUGUCGUUCCCCAAUGGGCACUCUCACAUGGGAAGGGAAGACGCACUUUGGGGGAUCAAGUCCAGAUGUCAUUCUCAGUGGGGAUGAUGAGGACUACAAGAGAAUCUACUCCAGGAAGAUUAAACCACGGUUGAAGUCUGAAGACCUUGCAGAGGGAGUGGAUGUUCGUACAGAGCGGCAUAGCAGCACAAGCAGUGAUGGAAGCACAAUUACGACCGUCACUCGUCGCAUCACUACCUACACAGUGGAAAUGCCAAGUGGCAUAAGUGAGAAACUAGAACUUUCAAGUCCAGAGUUGAAAAGAUUACGACACGAACCUGGAGAUGGCUCCUCUCAAAUAAGAGUCCUGCAUGGCAGUUCUUCAGGUAAAACAGAAGGAGAAGAGGGAGUUUUCGAGUCAAGCAAUGUGAGUUACACUGUGCCGCAAGUCAGUUCCACAGAAACACAACAGGAAAUUUGGGAAGAUAAAACAACAAUUACAGGAGAGGGAGAACAGCCUCAGACAGAUCUCAGAUUCAAAGGGCCUACCAUUAAACUUGGCGGGUAUAAAGGCACAAAAGUUUUAGGAGGGAGCAGAGAGCAAGGUGAUAUCAGUAUGUAUGGCUCAGAAACACCAAGAGACAGCACAAGCUCUGGUUCAAAGCAUGUGAUAACAGGAGGGUAUGGAGGGACAGAAUUUGUCUCAAAUGAUGAAAAUGAUGAAAACAGAGAGUCAUUAAGUGUGUCAUUACCAGGAAAAAACAUAAAAAUUUCAACUACAAGAUUUGAUAAAUCACAGAUGGGAGAUUCAUACUCCAGUUUGGGUGAGAAAACAGUAUUGACAUCUGAAGUCAACUUCAGCCAUCAACCAAAAACAGGUUCAAGUGAUUUUAAUGUCAUAACUGGGACUGAAUCAGCAAAUGUUGAUGCUAACUUAAGACCAAGGAUCACAAUAGGUAAUGUUACCACAGGUUAUUCCUCACAACCAGGCAAGACAUCAUUGACUAAUUGGGAUAUGAGUCACAAGGGUUCAAAGUUGACAAGUAAGAUUGAAGGUGAAGGAGAAACAGUUGUGCCCAGAGAAGAAAAUAAAAGUAAAGACAUAAAUGUUGAGCACAAAGGUGAUUUAAAAACAUCUCAUAUAAAGAUGCCAUCCAUCAAAACAACUACAAAUGAUGAAAGUGAAGCAGACCUUCAACUGAAAUUAAAGAAAGAUUUUAGUGGGACAAAAAGUGAUUUUGACAUGGAUGCUUGUAAAAUGCCUUCAGUAAACAUAAAAGGUCCAAAAGUUGAUAAUGCAGGGUUUAAUUUAAACCUCAAAGGCAGUAAAGUUGAUGGUGAAACUUUUUCGACUAUCAAAACAUCAGAACAACAUUCUGAAGGAGAUAUUGAAGCAAAAACUUUGGAAAUUGAGGGAUACAAGAAUGGUGAUGAAAAAUCUAAAUUUAAGAUGCAAAAGUUUGGAAUAAAAGGUUCAGAACUAAAAUGUGGGGAUGUUGACGUCAACCUUAAUAAAGCAAAAACUGAUGUGAAAGCAUCCACAGUUGAUAUUAAGGAACCAAAUGUUGACGUUGAGAGACAAAAUACAAAAAUCAAAGGAACCAUAUACACCAUGCCAACUCUCUCUGGACCCAAAAUCUCCAUGCCAGAUGUGAAUGUCAGUUUGAAAGGCCCUACACUACAGGAUGACAUGGAUGCUUCAGCACCAAACAUUAAGGGAGAUAUAAAAAAACAAGACUUUCACAUCAAGGGCCCAAAAGUUGGUAUUGAAGGGCCGAAAGGUGGUUUUGAAAUGCCUUCAAUCAAAAUGCCAUCACUGAACAUUAAAGGACCAGAUGUUGACAUUGAGGGACCAAAUGCAAAACUCAAAGGACCCAAAUUCAACAUGCCUACUCUCUCCGGACCCAAAAUGUCCAUGCCAGAUGUUGACUUCAACUUGAAAGGCCCCAAACUAAAGGGUGAUAUGGAUGUUUCAGUACCAAGUAUUGAAGGUGAAAUGAAGACAUCUGACCUGCAUAUAAUGGGACCAAAAGUUGAUAUUGAAGGGCAAAAAGGUGGUUUUGAAGGGCCUUCAAUCAAAAUGCCAUCAGUGAACAUUAAAGGUCCUAAGUUCGGAAGUCCAGAUGUUGACAUUAACCUGAAAGAACCUAAACUUGAGGGUGGCAUGGGUAUUAUUUUGCCAAAAGUCAAAGAAGAUAUUAAAGCUCCAAAUAUAGACAUUGAAGGGCCUGAUUUGGACAUUAAAGGACACAAAGGAGGAUUUACCAUGCCAAAAAUAGGAAUAAAAGGUCCAAAAAUGGAAGGUCCAGACGUUGAUGUAAACCUGCCAAAAGCAAAUAUUGACAUGAAAGCACCUGAAGUUGAUAUCAAAGGACCAGUUGUUGAUAUUGAAGGGCCAAAUGCAAAACUAAAAGGACCCAAAUUCAACAUGCCAACUAUGUCUGGACCAAAAAUCUCCAUGCCAGAUGUGGACUUCAACCUGAAAGGCCCAAAACUAAAAGGUGACAUUGAUGUUUCAGCACCAAAGAUUGAAGGUGAUAUAAAAGCAUCUGACAUUGACAUAAAGGCUCCAAAAGUUGAUAUUGAAGGGCCGAAAGGUGGUUUUGAAAUGCCUUCAAUCAAAAUGCCAUCACUGAACAUUAAAGGUCCAAAGUUUGGAAGUCCAGAUGUUGACAUUAACCUGAAAGGCCCUAAACUUGAGGGUGACAUGGAUGUUAAUUUGCCAAAAAUGAAAGGAGAUAUAACAGCUCCAAGUGCAGAUAUUGAAGGACCAGAUUUGGACAUUGAAGGCUCAGAUUUGGACAUUGAAGGACACAAAGGUGGCUUUAAAAUGCCCAAAAUUAAAAUGCCAACAUUUGGAAUUAAAAGCCCGAAACUAGAAGGUCCCGAUGUUGAUGUCAACCUGCCAAAAGCAAAUAUUGAUGUGAAAGCACCUGAAGUAGACAUCAAAGGACCAUAUGUUGACAUUGAGGGACCAAAUGCAAAACUCAAAGAACCCAAAUUCAACAUGCCUACUCUCUCUGGACCCAAAAUUUCCAUGCCAGAUGUUGACUUCAACCUGAAAGGCCCCAAACUAAAGGGUGAUAUGGAUGUUUCAGCACCAAAGAUCGAAGGUGAGAUAAAGACACCUGACAUUGACUUCAAAGCUCCAAAAGUUGAUAUUGAAGGGCCAAAAGGUGGUUUUGAAAUGCCUUCAAUCAAAAUGUCCUCUCUGAAUAUUAAAGGUCCAAAGUUUGGAAGUCCAGAUGUUGACAUUAACCUGAAAGGCCCUAAACUUGAGGGUGACAUGGAUGUUAAUUUACCAAAAAUCCAAGGAGAUAUCAAAGCUCCAAGUGUAGACAUUGAAGGGCCAGAUUUGGACAUUGAAGGACACAAAGGUGGCUUUAAAAUGCCCAAAAUUAAAAUGCCAACAUUUGGAAUGAAAGGCCCGAAACUGGAAGGUCCUGAUUUUGAUGUCAACCUGCCAAAAGCAAAUAUUGAUGUGAAAGCACCUGAAGUAGACAUCAAAGGACCAGAUGUUGACAUUGAGGGACCAAAUGCAAAACUCAAAGGACCCAAAUUCAACAUGCCUUCUCUCUCUGGACCCAAAAUUUCCAUGCCAGAUGUUGACUUCAACCUGAAAGGCCCCAAACUAAAGGGUGAUAUGGAUGUUUCAGCACCAAAGAUCGAAGGUGAGAUAAAGACACCUGACCUUGACAUCAAAGCUCCAAAAGUUGAUAUUGAAGGGCCAAAAGGUGGUUUUGAAAUGCCUUCAAUCAAAAUGCCAUCUCUGAAUAUUAAAGGUCCAAAGUUUGGAAGUCCAGAUGUUGACAUUAACCUGAAAGGCCCUAAACUUGAGGGUGACAUGGAUGUUAAUUUACCAAAAAUCAAAGGAGAUAUCAAAGCCCCAAGUGUAGACAUUGAAGGGCCAGAUUUGGACAUUGAAGGACACAAAGGUGGCUUUAAAAUGCCCAAAAUUAAAAUGCCAACAUUUGGAAUUAAAAGCCCAAAACUGGAAGGUCCCGAUGUUGAUGUCAACCUGCCAAAAGCAAAUAUUGAUGUGAAAGCACCUGAAGUAGACAUCAAAGGACCAGAUGUUGACAUUGAGGGACCAAAUGCAAAACUCAAAGGACCCAAAUUCAACAUGCCUACUCUCUCUGGACCCAAAAUUUCCAUGCCAGAUGUUGACUUCAACCUGAAAGGCCCCAAACUAAAGGGUGAUAUGGAUGUUUCAGCACCAAAGAUCGAAGGUGAGAUAAAGACACCUGACAUUGACAUCAAAGCUCCAAAAGUUGAUAUUGAAGGGCCAAAAGGUGGUUUUGAAAUGCCUUCAAUCAAAAUGCCAUCUCUGAAUAUUAAAGGUCCAAAGUUUGGAAGUCCAGAUGUUGACAUUAACCUGAAAGGCCCUAAACUUGAGGGUGACAUGGAUGUUAAUUUACCAAAAAUCCAAGGAGAUAUCAAAGCUCCAAGUGUAGACAUUGAAGGGCCAGAUUUGGACAUUGAAGGACACAAAGGUGGCUUUAAAAUGCCCAAAAUUAAAAUGCCAACAUUUGGAAUGAAAGGCCCGAAACUGGAAGGUCCCGAUGUUGAUGUAAACCUGCCAAAAGCAAAUAUUGAUGUGAAAGCACCUAAAGUAGACAUCAAAGGACCAGAUGUUGACAUUGAGGGACCAAAUGCAAAACUCAAAGGACCCAAAUUCAACAUGCCUACUCUCUCUGGACCCAAAAUUUCCAUGCCAGAUGUUGACUUCAACCUGAAAGGCCCCAAACUAAAGGGUGAUAUGGAUGUUUCAGCACCAAAGAUCAAAGGUGAGAUAAAGACACCUGACCUUGACAUCAAAGCUCCAAAAGUUGAUAUUGAAGGGCCAAAAGGUGGUUUUGAAAUGCCUUCAAUCAAAAUGCCAUCUCUGAAUAUUAAAGGUCCAAAGUUUGGAAGUCCAGAUGUUGACAUUAACCUGAAAGGCCCUAAACUUGAGGGUGACAUGGAUGUUAAUUUACCAAAAAUCCAAGGAGAUAUCAACGCUCCAAGUGUAGACAUUGAAGGGCCAGAUUUGGACAUUGAAGGACACAAAGGUGGCUUUAAAAUGCCCAAAAUUAAAAUGCCAACAUUUGGAAUGAAAGGCCCAAAACUGGAAGGUCCCGAUGUUGAUGUCAACCUGCCAAAAGCAAAUAUUGAUGUGAAAGCACCUGAAGUAGACAUCAAAGGACCAGAUGUUGACAUUGAGGGACCAAGUGCAAAACUCAAAGGACCCAAAUUCAACAUGCCUACUCUCUCUGGACCCAAAAUUUCCAUGCCAGAUGUUGACUUCAACCUGAAAGGCCCCAAACUAAAGGGUGAUAUGGAUGUUUCAGCACCAAAGAUCGAAGGUGAGAUAAAGACACCUGACCUUGACAUCAAAGCUCCAAAAGUUGAUAUUGAAGGGCCAAAAGGUGGUUUUGAAAUGCCUUCAAUCAAAAUGCCAUCUCUGAAUAUUAAAGGUCCAAAGUUUGGAAGUCCAGAUGUUGACAUUAACCUGAAAGGCCCUAAACUUGAGGGUGACAUGGAUGUUAAUUUAUCAAAAAUCCAAGGAGAUAUCAAAGCCCCAAGUGUAGACAUUGAAGGGCCAGAUUUGGACAUUGAAGGACACAAAGGUGGCUUUAAAAUGCCCAAAAUUAAAAUGCCAACAUUUGGAAUGAAAGGCCCGAAACUGGAAGGUCCUGAUUUUGAUGUCAACCUGCCAAAAGCAAAUAUUGAUGUGAAAGCACCUGAAGUAGACAUCAAAGGACCAGAUGUUGACAUUGAGGGACCAAAUGCAAAACUCAAAGGACCCAAAUUCAACAUGCCUACUCUCUCUGGACCCAAAAUUUCCAUGCCAGAUGUUGACUUCAACCUGAAAGGCCCCAAACUAAAGGGUGAUAUGGAUGUUUCAGCACCAAAGAUCGAAGGUGAGAUAAAGACACCUAACCUUGACAUCAAAGCUCCAAAAGUUGAUAUUGAAGGGCCAAAAGGUGGUUUUGAAAUGCCUUCAAUCAAAAUGCCAUCUCUGAAUAUUAAAGGUCCAAAGUUUGGAAGUCCAGAUGUUGACAUUAACCUGAAAGGCCCUAAACUUGAGGGUGACAUGGAUGUUAAUUUAUCAAAAAUCCAAGGAGAUAUCAAAGCUCCAAGUGUAGACAUUGAAGGUCCAGAUUUGGACAUUGAAGGACACAAAGGUGGCUUUAAAAUGCCCAAAAUUAAAAUGCCAACAUUUGGAAUGAAAGGCCCGAAACUGGAAGGUCCUGAUUUUGAUGUCAACCUGCCAAAAGCAAAUAUUGAUGUGAAAGCACCUGAAGUAGACAUCAAAGGACCAGAUGUUGACAUUGAGGGACCAAAUGCAAAACUCAAAGGACCCAAAUUCAACAUGCCUACUCUCUCUGGACCCAAAAUUUCCAUGCCAGAUGUUGACUUCAACCUGAAAGGCCCCAAACUAAAGGGUGAUAUGGAUGUUUCAGCACCAAAGAUCGAAGGUGAGAUAAAGACACCUGACAUUGACAUCAAAGCUCCAAAAGUUGAUAUUGAAGGGCCAAAAGGUGGUUUUGAAAUGCCUUCAAUCAAAAUGCCAUCUCUGAAUAUUAAAGGUCCAAAGUUUGGAAGUCCAGAUGUUGACAUUAACCUGAAAGGCCCUAAACUUGAGGGUGACAUGGAUGUUAAUUUACCAAAAAUCCAAGGAGAUAUCAAAGCUCCAAGUGUAGACAUUGAAGGGCCAGAUUUGGACAUUGAAGGACACAAAGGUGGCUUUAAAAUGCCCAAAAUUAAAAUGCCAACAUUUGGAAUAAAAGGCUCGAAACUGGAAGGUCCCGAUGUUGAUGUAAACCUGCCAAAAGCAAAUAUUGAUGUGAAAGCACCUAAAGUAGACAUCAAAGGACCAGAUGUUGACAUUGAGGGACCAAAUGCAAAACUCAAAGGGCCCAAAUUCAACAUGCCUACUCUCUCUGGACCCAAAAUUUCCAUGCCAGAUGUUGACUUCAACCUGAAAGGCCCCAAACUAAAGGGUGAUGUGGAUGUUUCAGCACCAAAGAUCGAAGGUGAGAUAAAGACACCUGACCUUGACAUCAAAGCUCCAAAAGUUGAUAUUGAAGGGCCAAAAGGUGGUUUUGAAAUGCCUUCAAUCAAAAUGCCAUCUCUGAAUAUUAAAGGUCCAAAGUUUGGAAGACCAGAUGUUGACAUUAACCUGAAAGGCCCUAAACUUGAGGGUGACAUGGAUGUUAAUUUACCAAAAAUCAAAGGAGAUAUCAAAGCUCCAAGUGUAGACAUUGAAGGGCCAGAUUUGGACAUUGAAGGACACAAAGGUGGCUUUAAAAUGCCCAAAAUUAAAAUGCCAACAUUUGGAAUGAAAGGCCCAAAACUGGAAGGUCCCGAUGUUGAUGUCAACCUGCCAAAAGCAAAUAUUGAUGUGAAAGCACCUGAAGUAGACAACAAAGGACCAGAUGUUGACAUUGAGGGACCAAGUGCAAAACUCAAAGGACCCAAAUUCAACAUGCCUACUCUCUCUGGACCCAAAAUUUCCAUGCCAGAUGUUGACUUCAACCUGAAAGGCCCCAAACUAAAGGGUGAUGUGGAUGUUUCAGCACCAAAGAUCGAAGGUGAGAUAAAGACACCUGACCUUGACAUCAAAGCUCCAAAAGUUGAUAUUGAAGGGCCAAAAGGUGGUUUUGAAAUGCCUUCAAUCAAAAUGCCAUCUCUGAAUAUUAAAGGUCCAAAGUUUGGAAGUCCAGAUGUUGACAUUAACCUGAAAGGCCCUAAACUUGAGGGUGACAUGGAUGUUAAUUUACCAAAAAUCAAAGGAGAUAUCAAAGCUCCAAGUGUAGACAUUGAAGGGCCAGAUUUGGACAUUGAAGGACACAAAGGUGGCUUUAAAAUGCCCAAAAUUAAAAUGCCAACAUUUGGAAUGAAAGGCCCAAAACUGGAAGGUCCCGAUGUUGAUGUCAACCUGCCAAAAGCAAAUAUUGAUGUGAAAGCACCUGAAGUAGACAACAAAGGACCAGAUGUUGACAUUGAGGGACCAAGUGCAAAACUCAAAGGACCCAAAUUCAACAUGCCUACUCUCUCUGGGCCCAAAAUUUCCAUGCCAGAUGUUGACUUCAACCUGAAAGGCUCCAAACUAAAGGGUGAUAUGGAUGUUUCAGCACCAAAGAUCGAAGGUGAGAUAAAGACACCUGACCUUGACAUCAAAGCUCCAAAAGUUGAUAUUGAAGGGCCAAAAGGUGGUUUUGAAAUGCCUUCAAUCAAAAUGCCAUCUCUGAAUAUUAAAGGUCCAAAGUUUGGAAGUCCAGAUGUUGACAUUAACCUGAAAGGUCCUAAACUUGAGGGUGACAUGGAUGUUAAUUUAUCAAAAAUCCAAGGAGAUAUCAAAGCUCCAAGUGUAGACAUUGAAGGGCCAGAUUUGGACAUUGAAGGACACAAAGGUGGCUUUAAAAUGCCCAAAUUUAAAAUGCCAACAUUUGGAAUGAAAGGCCCGAAACUGGAAGGUCCUGAUUUUGAUGUCAACCUGCCAAAAGCAAAUAUUGAUGUGAAAGCACCUGAAGUAGACAUCAAAGGACCAGAUGUUGACAUUGAGGGACCAAAUGCAAAACUCAAAGGGCCCAAAUUCAACAUGCCUACUCUCUCUGGACCCAAAAUUUCCAUGCCAGAUGUUGACUUCAACCUGAAAGGCCCCAAACUAAAGGGUGAUAUGGAUGUUUCAGCACCAAAGAUCGAAGGUGAGAUAAAGACACCUGACCUUGACAUCAAAGCUCCAAAAGUUGAUAUUGAAGGGCCAAAAGGUGGUUUUGAAAUGCCUUCAAUCAAAAUGCCAUCUCUGAAUAUUAAAGGUCCAAAGUUUGGAAGUCCAGAUGUUGACAUUAACCUGAAAGGCCCUAAACUUGAGGGUGACAUGGAUGUUAAUUUACCAAAAAUCAAAGGAGAUAUAAAAUCUCCAAGUGUAGACAUUGAAGGGCCAGAUUUGGACAUUGAAGGACACAAAGGUGGCUUUAAAAUGCCCAAAAUUAAAAUGCCAACAUUUGGAAUGAAAGGCUCGAAACUGGAAGGUCCCGAUGUUGAUGUCAACCUGCCAAAAGCAAAUAUUGAUGUGAAAGCACCUAAAGUAGACAUCAAAGGACCAGAUGUUGACAUUGAGGGACAAAAUGCAAAACUCAAAGGGCCCAAAUUCAACAUGCCUACUCUCUCUGGACCCAAAAUUUCCAUGCCAGAUGUUGACUUCAACCUGAAAGGCCCCAAACUAAAGGGUGAUGUGGAUGUUUCAGCACCAAAGAUCGAAGGUGAGAUAAAGACACCUGACCUUGACAUCAAAGCUCCAAAAGUUGAUAUUGAAGGGCCAAAAGGUGGUUUUGAAAUGCCUUCAAUCAAAAUGCCAUCUCUGAAUAUUAAAGGUCCAAAGUUUGGAAGUCCAGAUGUUGACAUUAACCUGAAAGGCCCUAAACUUGAGGGUGACAUGGAUGUUAAUUUACCAAAAAUCAAAGGAGAUAUCAAAGCUCCAAGUGUAGACAUUGAAGGGCCAGAUUUGGACAUUGAAGGACACAAAGGUGGCUUUAAAAUGCCCAAAAUUAAAAUGCCAACAUUUGGAAUGAAAGGCCCAAAACUGGAAGGUCCCGAUGUUGAUGUCAACCUGCCAAAAGAAAAUAUUGAUGUGAAAGAACCUGAAGUAGACAUCAAAGGACCAGAUGUUGACAUGCAGGGACCAAGUGCAAAACUCAAAGGACCCAAAUUCAACAUGCCUACUCUCUCUGGACCCAAAAUUUCCAUGCCAGAUGUUGACUUCAACCUGAAAGGCCCCAAACUAAAGGGUGAUAUGGAUGUUUCAGCACCAAAGAUCAAAGGUGAGAUAAAUACACCUGACCUUGACAUCAAAGCUCCAAAAGUUGAUAUUGAAGGGCCAAAAGGUGGUUUUGAAAUGCCUUCAAUCAAAAUGCCAUCGCUGAAUAUUAAAGGUCCAAAGUUUGGAAGUCCAGAUGUUGACAUUAACCUGAAAGGCCCUAAACUUGAGGGUGACAUGGAUGUUAAUUUACCAAAAAUCCAAGGAGAUAUCAAAGCUCCAAGUGUAGACAUUGAAGGGCCAGAUUUGGACAUUGAAGGACACAAAGGUGGCUUUAAAAUGCCCAAAUUUAAAAUGCCAACAUUUGGAAUGAAAGGCCCGAAACUGGAAGGUCCCGAUUUUGAUGUCCACCUGCCAAAAGCAAAUAUUGAUGUGAAAGCACCUGAAGUAGACAUCAAAGGACCAGAUGUUGACAUUGAGGGACCAAAUGCAAAACUCAAAGGACCCAAAUUCAACAUGCCUACUCUCUCUGGACCCAAAAUUUCCAUGCCAGAUGUUGACUUCAACCUGAAAGGCCCCAAACUAAAGGGUGAUAUGGAUGUUUCAGUACCAAAGAUCGAAGGUGAGAUAAAGACACCUGACCUUGACAUCAACGCUCCAAAAGUUAAUAUUGAAGGGCCAAAAGGUGGUUUUGAAAUGCCUUCAAUCAAAAUGCCAUCUCUGAAUAUUAAAGGUCCAAAGUUUGGAAGUCCAGAUGUUGACAUUAACCUGAAAGGCCCUAAACUUGAGGGUGACAUGGAUGUUAAUUUACCAAAAAUCAAAGGAGAUAUAAAAUCUCCAAGUGUAGACAUUGAAGGGCCAGAUUUGGACAUUGAAGGACACAAAGGUGGCUUUAAAAUGCCCAAAAUUAAAAUGCCAACAUUCGGAAUGAAAGGCCCAAAACUGGAAGUUCCCGAUGUUGAUGUCAACCCGCCAAAAGCAAAUAUUGAUGUGAAAGCACCUAAAGUAGACAUCAAAGGACCAGAUUUUGACAUUGAGGGACCAAAUGCAAAACUCAAAGGGCCCAAAUUCAACAUGCCUACGCUCUCUGGACCCAAAAUUUCCAUGCCAGAUGUUGACUUCAACCUGAAAGGCCCCAAACUAAAGGGUGAUAUGGAUGUUUCAGUAUCAAAGAUCGAAGGUGAGAUAAAGACACCUGACCUUGACAUCAAAGCUCCAAAAGUUGAUAUUGAAGGGCCAAAAGGUGGUUUUGAAAUGCCUUCAAUCAAAAUGCCAUCUCUGAAUAUCAAAGGUCCAAAGUUUGGAAGUCCAGAUGUUGACAUUAACCUGAAAGGCCCUAAACUUGAGGGUGACAUGGAUGUUAAUUUACCAAAAAUCAAAGGAGAUAUAAAAUCUCCAAGUGUAGACAUUGAAGGGCCAGAUUUGGACAUUGAAGGACACAAAGGUGGCUUUAAAAUGCCCAAAAUUAAAAUGCCAACAUUUGGAAUGAAAGGCCCGAAACUGGAAGGUCCCGAUGUUGAUGUAAACCUGCCAAAAGCAAAUAUUGAUGUGAACGCACCUAAAGUAGACAUCAAAGGACCAGAUGUUGAAAUUGAGGGACCAAAUGCAAAACUCAAAGGACCCAAAUUCAACAUGCCUACUCUCUCUGGACCCAAAAUUUCCAUGCCAGAUGUUGACUUCAACCUGAAAGGCCCCAAACUAAAAGGUGAUAUGGAUGUUUCAGCACCAAAGAUCGAAGGUGAGAUAAAGACACCUGACCUUGACGUCAACGCUCCAAAAGUUGAUAUUGAAGGGCCAAAAGGUGGUUUUGAAAUGCCUUCAAUCAAAAUGCCAUCUCUGAAUAUUAAAGGUCCAAAGUUUGGAAGUCCAGAUGUUGACAUUAACCUGAAAGGCCCUAAACUUGAGGGUGACAUGGAUGUUAAUUUACCCAAAAUCAAAGGAGAUAUAAAAUCUCCAAGUGUAGACAUUGAAGGGCCAGAUUUGGACAUUGAAGGACACAAAGGUGGCUUUAAAAUGCCCAAAAUUAAAAUGCCAACAUUCGGAAUGAAAGGCCCAAAACUGGAAGGUCCCGAUGUUGAUGUCAACCUGCCAAAAGCAAAUAUUGAUGUGAAAGCACCUAAAGUAGACAUCAAAGGACCAGAUUUUGACAUUGAGGGACCAAAUGCAAAACUCAAAGGGCCCAAAUUCAACAUGCCUACUCUCUCUGGACCCAAAAUUUCCAUGCCAGAUGUUGACUUCAACCUGAAAGGCCCCAAACUAAAGGGUGAUAUGGAUGUUUCAGCACCAAAGAUCGAAGGUGAGAUAAAGACACCUGACUUUGACAUCAAAGCUCCAAAAGUUGAUAUUGAAGGGCCAAAAGGUGGUUUUGAAAUGCCUUCAAUCAAAAUGCCAUCUCUGAAUAUUAAAGGUCCAAAGUUUGGAAGUCCAGAUGUUGACAUUAACCUGAAAGGCCCUAAACUUGAGGGUGACAUGGAUGUUAAUUUGCCAAAAAUCAAAGGAGAUAUAAAAUCUCCAAGUGUAGACAUUGAAGGGCCAGAUUUGGACAUUGAAGGACACAAAGGUGGCUUUAAAAUGCCCAAAAUUAAAAUGCCAACAUUUGGAAUGAAAGGCCCGAAACUGGAAGGUCCCGAUUUUGAUGUCAACCUGCCAAAAGCAAAUAUUGAUGUGAAAGCACCUGAAGUAGACAUCAAAGGACCAGAUGUUGACAUUGAGGGACCAAAUGCAAAACUCAAAGGGCCCAAAUUCAACAUGCCUACUCUCUCUGGACCCAAAAUUUCCAUGCCAGAUGUUGACUUCAACCUGAAAGGCCCCAAACUAAAGGGUGAUAUGGAUGUUUCAGCACCAAAGAUCGAAGGUGAGAUAAAGACACCUGACCUUGACAUCAAAGCUCCAAAAGUUGAUCUUGAAGGGCCAAAAAGUGGUUUUGAAAUGCCUUCAAUCAAAAUGCCAUCUCUGAAUAUUAAAGGUCCAAAGUUUGGAAGUCCAGAUGUUGACAUUAACCUGAAAGGCCCUAAACUUGAGGGUGACAUGGAUGUUAAUUUACCAAAAAUCAAAGGAGAUAUAAAAGCUCCAAGUGUAGACAUUGAAGGGCCAGAUUUGGACAUUGAAGGACACAAAGGUGGCUUUAAAAUGCCCAAAAUUAAAAUGCCAACAUUUGGAAUGAAAGGCCCAAAACUGGAAGGUCCCGAUGUUGAUGUCAACCUGCCAAAGGCAAAUAUUGAUGUGAAAGCACCUAAAGUAGACAUCAAAGGACCAGAUGUUGACAUUGAGGGACCAAAGGCAAAACUCAAAGGGCCCAAAUUCAACAUGCCUACUCUCUCUGGACCCAAAAUUUCCAUGCCAGAUGUUGACUUCAACCUGAAAGGCCCCAAACUAAAGGGUGAUAUGGAUGUUUCAGUAACAAAGAUCGAAGGUGAGAUAAAGACACCUGACAUUGACAUCAAAGCUCCAAAAGUUGAUAUUGAAGGGCCCAAAGGUGGUUUUGAAAUGCCUUCAAUCAAAAUGCCAUCUCUGAAUAUUAAAGGUCCAAAGUUUGGAAGUCCAGAUGUUGACAUUAACCUGAAAGGCCCUAAACUUGAGGGUGACAUGGAUGUUAAUUUGCCAAAAAUCAAAGGAGAUAUAAAAUCUCCAAGUGUAGACAUUGAAGGGCCAGAUUUGGACAUUGAAGGACACAAAGGUGGCUUUAAAAUGCCCAAAAUUAAAAUGCCAACAUUUGGAAUGAAAGGCCCGAAACUGGAAGGUCCCGAUUUUGAUGUCAACCUGCCAAAAGCAAAUAUUGAUGUGAAAGCACCUGAAGUAGACAUCAAAGGACCAGAUUUUGACAUUGAGGGACCAAAUGCAAAACUCAAAGGGCCCAAAUUCAACAUGCCAACUCUCUCUGGACCCAAAAUUUCCAUGCCAGAUGUUGACUUCAACCUGAAAGGCCCCAAACUAAAGGGUGAUAUGGAUGUUUCAGCACCAAAGAUCGAAGGUGAGAUAAAGACACCUGACCUUGACAUCAAAGCUCCAAAAGUUGAUAUUGAAGGGCCAAAAGGUGGUUUUGAAAUGCCUUCAAUCAAAAUGCCAUCUCUGAAUAUUAAAGGUCCAAAGUUUGGAAGUCCAGAUGUUGACAUUAACCUGAAAGGCCCUAAACUUGAGGGUGACAUGGAUGUUAAUUUACCAAAAAUCAAAGGAGAUAUAAAAUCUCCAAGUGUAGACAUUGAAGGGCCAGAUUUGGACAUUGAAGGACACAAAGGUGGCUUUAAAAUGCCCAAAAUUAAAAUGCCAACAUUCGGAAUGAAAGGCCCAAAACUGGAAGGUCCCGAUGUUGAUGUCAACCUGCCAAAAGCAAAUAUUGAUGUGAAAGCACCUAAAGUAGACAUCAAAGGACCAGAUGUUGACAUUGAGGGACCAAGUGCAAAACUCAAAGGGCCCAAAUUCAACAUGCCUACUCUCUCAGGACCCAAAAUUUCCAUGCCAGAUGUUGACUUCAACCUGAAAGGCCCCAAACUAAAGGGUGAUAUGGAUGUUUCAGCACCAAAGAUCGAAGGUGAGAUAAAGACACCUGACAUUGACAUCAAUGCUCCAAAAGUUGAUAUUGAAGGGCCAAAAGGUGGUUUUGAAAUGCCUUCAAUCAAAAUGCCAUCUCUGAAUAUUAAAGGUCCAAAGUUUGGAAGUCCAGAUGUUGACAUUAACCUGAAAGGCCCUAAACUUGAGGGUGACAUGGAUGUUAAUUUGCCAAAAAUCAAAGGAGAUAUAAAAUCUCCAAGUGUAGACAUUGAAGGGCCAGAUUUGGACAUUGAAGGACACAAAGGUGGCUUUAAAAUGCCCAAAAUUAAAAUGCCAACAUUUGGAAUGAAAGGCCCGAAACUGGAAGGUCCCGAUUUUGAUGUCAACCUGCCAAAAGCAAAUAUUGAUGUGAAAGCACCUGAAGUAGACAUCAAAGGACCAGAUGUUGACAUUGAGGGACCAAAUGCAAAACUCAAAGGACCCAAAUUCAACAUGCCUACUCUCUCUGGACCCAAAAUGUCCAUUCCAGAUGUUGACUUCAACCUGAAAGGCCCCAAACUAAAGGGUGAUAUGGAUGUUUCAGCACCAAAGAUCGAAGGUGAGAUAAAGACACCUGACCUUGACAUCAAAGCUCCAAAAGUUGAUAUUGAAGGGCCAAAAGGUGGUUUUGAAAUGCCUUCAAUCAAAAUGCCAUCUCUGAACAUUAAAGGUCCAAAGUUUGGAAGUCCAGAUGUUGACAUUAACCUGAAAGGCCCUAAACUUGAGGGUGACAUGGAUGUUAAUUUGCCAAAAAUCAAAGGAGAUAUAAAAUCUCCAAGUGUAGACAUUGAAGGGCCAGAUUUGGACAUUGAAGGACACAAAGGUGGCUUUAAAAUGCCCAAAAUUAAAAUGCCAACAUUUGGAAUGAAAGGCCCGAAACUGGAAGGUCCUGAUUUUGAUGUCAACCUGCCAAAAGCAAAUAUUGAUGUGAAAGCACCUGAAGUAGACAUCAAAGGACCAGAUAUUGACAUUGAGGGACCAAAUGCAAAACUCAAAGGACCCAAAUUCAACAUGCCUACUCUCUCUGGACCCAAAAUUUCCAUGCCAGAUGUUGACUUCAACCUGAAAGGCCCCAAACUAAAGGGUGAUAUGGAUGUUUCAGCACCAAAGAUCGAAGGUGAGAUAAAGACACCUGACCUUGACAUCAAAGCUCCAAAAGUUGAUAUUGAGGGGCCAAAAGGUGGUUUUGAAAUGCCUUCAAUCAAAAUGCCAUCUCUGAAUAUUAAAGGUCCAAAGUUUGGAAGUCCAGAUGUUGACAUUAACCUGAAAGGCCCUAAACUUGAGGGUGACAUGGAUGUUAAUUUGCCAAAAAUCAAAGGAGAUAUAAAAGCUCCAAGUGUAGACAUUGAAGGGCCAGAUUUGGACAUUAAAGGACACAAAGGGGGUUUUAAAAUGCCAAAAUUUAAGUUGCCAAAGUUUGGAAUGAAAGGUCCAAAACUGGAAGGUCCCGAUGUUGAUGUCAACCUGCCAAAAGCAAAUAUUGAUGUGAAAGCACCUGAAGUAGACAUCAAAGGACCAGAUGUUGACAUUGAGGGACCAAAUGCAAAACUCAAAGGACCCAAAUUCAACAUGCCUACUCUCUCUGGACCCAAAAUCUCCAUGCCAGAUGUUGACUUCAACCUGAAAGGCCCCAAACUAAAGGGUGAUAUGGAUGUUUCAGCACCAAAGAUCGAAGGUGAGAUAAAGACACCUGACCUUGACAUCAAGGCUCCAAAAGUUGAUAUUGAAGGGCCAAAAGGUGGUUUUGAAAUGCCUUCAAUCAAAAUGCCAUCGCUGAAUAUUAAAGGUCCAAAGUUUGGAAGUCCAGAUGUUGACAUUAACCUGAAAGGCCCUAAACUUGAGGGUGACAUGGAUGUUAAUUUACCAAAAAUCAAAGGAGAUAUCAAAGCUCCAAGUGUAGACAUUGAAGGGCCAGAUUUGGACAUUGAAGGACACAAAGGUGGCUUUAAAAUGCCCAAAAUUAAAAUGCCAACAUUUGGAAUGAAAGGCCCAAAACUGGAAGGUCCUGAUGUUGAUGUCAACCUGCCAAAAGCAAAUAUUGAUGUGAAAGCACCUAAAGUAGACAUCAAAGGACCAGAUGUUGACAUUGAGGGACCAAAUGCAAAACUCAAAGGGCCCAAAUUCAACAUGCCCACUCUCUCUGGACCCAAAAUUUCCAUGCCAGAUGUUGACUUCAACCUGAAAGGCCCCAAACUAAAGGGUGAUAUGGAUGUUUCAGCACCAAAGAUCGAAGGUGAGAUAAAGACACCUGACCUUGACAUCAAAGCUCCAAAAGUUGAUAUUGAAGGGCCAAAAGGUGGUUUUGAAAUGCCUUCAAUCAAAAUGCCAUCUCUGAAUAUUAAAGGUCCAAAGUUUGGAAGCCCAGAUGUUGACAUUAACCUGAAAGGCCCUAAACUUGAGGGUGACAUGGAUGUUAAUUUACCAGAAAUCAAAGGAGAUAUAAAAGCUCCAAGUGUAGACAUUGAAGGGCCAGAUUUUGACAUUGAAGGACACAAAGGUGGCUUUAAAAUGCCCAAAAUUAAAAUGCCAACAUUUGGAAUGAAAGGCCCGAAAUUGGAAGGUCCGGAUUUUGAUGUCAACCUGCCAAAAGCAAAAAUUGAUGUGAAAGCACCUGAAGUAGACAUCAAAGGACCAGAUGUUGACAUUGAGGGACCAAAUGCAAAACUCAAAGGGCCCAAAUUCAACAUGCCCACUCUCUCUGGACCCAAAAUUUCCAUGCCAGAUGUUGACUUCAACCUGAAAGGCCCCAAACUAAAGGGUGAUAUGGAUGUUUCAGCACCAAAGAUCGAAGGUGAGAUAAAGACACCUGACCUUGACAUCAAAGCUCCAAAAGUUGAUAUUGAAGGGCCAAAAGGUGGUUUUGAAAUGCCUUCAAUCAAAAUGCCAUCUCUGAAUAUUAAAGGUCCAAAGUUUGGAAGCCCAGAUGUUGACAUUAACCUGAAAGGCCCUAAACUUGAGGGUGACAUGGAUGUUAAUUUACCAGAAAUCAAAGGAGAUAUAAAAGCCCCAAGUGUAGACAUUGAAGGGCCAGAUUUGGACAUUGAAGGACACAAAGGUGGCUUUAAAAUGCCCAAAAUUAAAAUGCCAACAUUUGGAAUGAAAGGCCCGAAAUUGGAAGGUCCAGAUUUUGAUGUCAACCUGCCAAAAGCAAAAAUUGAUGUGAAAGCACCUGAAGUAGACAUCAAAGGACCAGAUGUUGACAUUGAGGGACCAAAUGCAAAACUCAAAGGACCCAAAUUCAACAUGCCUACUCUCUCUGGACCCAAAAUUUCCAUGCCAGAUGUUGACUUCAACUUGAAAGGCCCCAAAAUAAAGGGUGAUAUGGAUGUUUCAGUACCAAAGAUUGAAGGUGAAAUAAAGACACCUGACCUUGAUAUCAAAGCUCCAAAAGUUGAUAUUGAAGGGCCGAAAGGUGGUUUUGAAAUGCCUUCAAUCAAAAUGCCAUCUCUGAAUAUUAAAGGUCCAAAGUUUGGAAGCCCAGAUGUUGACGUUAACCUGAAAGGCCCUAAUCUUGAGGGUGACAUGGAUGUUAAUUUGCCAAAAAUCAAAGGAGAUAUAAAAGGUCCAAGUGUAGAUAUUGAAGGGCCAGAUUUGGACAUUGAAGGACACAAAGGUGGCUUUAAAAUGCCCAAAAUUAAAAUGCCAACAUUUGGAAUGAAAGGCACGAAACUGGAAGGUCCCGAUUUUGAUGUCAACCUGCCAAAAGCAAAUAUUGACGUGAAAGCACCUGAAGUUGAUAUCAAAGGACCAGAUGUUGACAUUGAGGGACCAAAUGCAAAACUCAAAGGACCCAAAUUCAACAUGCCAAGUCUCUCUGGACCCAAAAUCUCUAUGCCAGAUGUGGACUUUAACUUGAAAGGCCCCAAACUAAAGGGUGAUAUGGAUGUUUCAGUACCAAAGAUUGAAGGUGAAAUGAAGACACCUGACAUUGACAUCAAGGCUCCAAAAGUUGAUAUUGAAGGGCCGAAAGGUGAUUUUGAAAUGCCUUCAAUCAAAAUGCCAUCUCUGAAUAUUAAAGGUCCAAAGUUUGGAAGCCCAGAUGUUGACGUUAACCUGAAAGGCCCCAAACUUGAGGGUGACAUGGAUGUUAAUUUACCAAAAAUCAAAGGAGAUAUAAAAGCUCCAAGUGUAGACAUUGAAGGGCCAGAUUUGGACAUUGAAGGACACAAAGGUGGCUUUAAAAUGCCCAAAAUGAAAAUGCCAACAUUUGGAAUGAAAGGCCCGAAACUGGAAGGUCCAGAUUUUGAUGUCAACCUGCCAAAAGCAAAAAUUGAUGUGAAAGCACCUGAAGUAGACAUCAAAGGACCAGAUGUUGACAUUGAGGGACCAAAUGCAAAACUCAAAGGACCCAAAUUCAACAUGCCAACUCUCUCUGGACCCAAAAUUUCCAUGCCAGAUGUUGACUUCAACUUGAAAGGCCCCAAACUAAAAGGUGACAUGGAUGUUUUAGCACCAAAGAUUGAAGGUGAAAUUAAGACACCUGACCUUGACAUCAAGGGUCCAAAGGUUGAUAUUGAAGAGCCAAAAGGUGGUUUUGAAAUGCCUUCAAUCAAAAUGCCAUCACUGAAUAUUAAAGGUCCAAAGUUUGGAAGUCCAGAUGUUGACAUUAACCUGAAAGGCCCUAAAUUUGAGGGUGACCUGGAUGUUAAUUUGCCAAAAAUCAAAGGAGAUAUAAAAGCUCCAAGUGUAGGCAUUGAAGGACCAGACUUUGGCAUUGAUGGAGAAAAGGGUGGCAUUGAAAUGCCUACAAUUACGAUACCACCAUUUGGAAUGAAAGGUUUGAAAUCGGAAGGUUCUCAAUUUGACAUUAAAGGCCCAAAAAUUGAUUUAAACCCCCUAAAGUUGGAUGCUGAUUCUAAAGUUAGGACACCUGUUUUAAACUUGGGAGCAAAAGAUUUUAAAACAGAAGUUAGUUUUCCAGACUCUGAAGCAAGUCUUGAUGUCCCUGACAUAGAUAUCAAUGUGAAGGGCAAAAAGGGAAAAUUUAAACUUCCUAAAGUUAAAGGAAAGGCUAAAAAAAUAGAAGCAGACAUUGAAACACCAUCAGCAGAUAUAAAUCUGGACACAGCUAAUAUUAAUGUCAAAAAAACCAAAGCAAAGAAGACUCUUUUCGGUAAAUUUUAUUUUCCUGAUGUUGAGUUGGAUAUUAAAUCGCCAAAAGGGAAGGGUGAUGGUUCUUUAUCUGAUGGAUUUAAAUCAUCUGAUACAAACUUACAUGUAAAAGGUAGCUUAGGCACUGAGAGUGCAAAUAUUUGCUUACAAGGUUCAGAUGAUAAUAUACCAAGUGUGAAAGGUGCUUCUGAAUUUAGUGCAAAUGUGUCAAGAAGUGCAACCGGUGGUCUUCAGUAUCCAGAGGGUACAAUGACAUUUCCUAAACUCAAGAUACCGAAAUUUGGUAUUGCACUUCCUGAGGUGAAAACCCAGGAAGAUGAAAGGAACGUUAAACAGGAACUUACAGCUAUUACAAGCACAAACAUUGAAUCUCCAUCUGCCAGCUGCCAAGUUGGUUCACAAAAUGUUGAUAUUCACAGUCCAGAAUUGAAGCAGAGCGAAGGCAAAGUUAAGGGAAAGUUGCCAAAAUUGUUUGGCAAAUCAAAAGCAAAGGGCGGCAGCACAGGAGACCUGUGUGAAUCAGAGAUAGAGGUAAGUGCAAGUGGAAAAGGGAGUAAAGCCUAUAAAGUAAAGUCUGGUGAAAUGAAAGGUGGAACAUUAGAACUUGAAGGUGAUCCCAGAGUCAGUCUGUCAACUAAAGGGAAGUCAGCCUCACUAGAUCUGUUUAAAAAAUCAAAACACCGACCUCCUUCUAUGAGUGAUGAGGGCUCACUUGCAGUAAGUUCCCCUUCAAGUCACUUAGAAGCUGAAGGUGGUGAUAUUUCAUUAGACCUAGGAGGAGGCAAGGUCAAAGGUAAGAAAGGAAAACUGAAGUUUGGAACAUUUGGAGGUUUUGGUUCUAAAUCAAAAGGCUCGUAUGAGGUCACACUUGGAAAUGACAAUGAAGCUGAGACAGAAGAGAGUGCAUCUGCUACUUUAUCUUCUAAGAAAUCAAGAUUAUCUUCCUCUUCAAGUAGUGACAGCGGUUCUAAAGCUGGUUUGAGAUUCCCAAAAGUUGAGCUAUCAGUUUCACCAAAGGACAAUAGUAAGAAAAAUUAAAAAUUAUAAUUCUAUAUGCACCCAAUCCAGAAAAAAAUAAAAAUGUUCUUUAAAAUCUAAGGUUGCAUUCAGUCAACUUAGUUUUUUUUAAUACCAAUUUUCAAAGAUACAAAUAAGAGUGCAUGACAUUGUUGAAAAUCCAGUCAGACUGUAAAUAAGAUUAAUUUGUACUUAAAUAAUAAUACAUGUUGUUUAUGUAUAUAGUCAAGAUUUAUUAAAAAUAUGCCAUCUCACAAAAUUAUUGGCUAUCUUGUUACAGGUUUUGUUUCUUUGUCCAGUUCCAUUUUCUUCAUGAAUGUUUUUAUUGAACGGGUGUUGUAUAUUUGUAUCUGGGGUCUUUUGCACAGAGCAGAUACUUCAAGAGAUUUUUUUGAAGAAGAAUGUUCUUUAUAAGUUUAAAUAUACGUUGAAACAGUUACCAAUUUAUUACCAAAGUUUAUGUUGUUUCUAUGCUUUGACCAUAUAUAACCAAUGCAUAAGAAUAGUUUGGCAACAUAGAGCUGGCCUUUUGUAAUACUUUCUACAGAAUCACAUCAUUGUAAAUACCGUAAUUGCAAAGACAAUCACUUUUUAGAAAUGUUUGGAUGUGUUGCAAGUACUUGUAUGUUCAUUUAACACAAAACGUAUCUGAAUAAAAUUAUGUCAUUAAAAGAAGAUUAAUUUGUGUUAAACUGAUUUCUUAAGCUUCUAUUACUUUUACAGUUUAGCAAUCCUCUGUAUUUGAUUACAUUUUAACAAUCUAUUUUUGUGUACACCACUGUCACUAAAAAUAAAUAGAAAAAUAUGUCAGUCGCUGUUUGACAUAAUUUGUUUUCAAGGAAGUUAUAGACUGAUAGAAAGUUGUAUAGCAAUAAACAGAUGCUUUUAUGUCCAUUAUGCCAAAUACUCAAUAAACAGACUUGUAGAAAUUA